UUUUUUUUGUUUUUGUUUAACCCUUUCCAGUCUGCCAAGAUUUUUAACUACGCUGGCUGGAAGAAGACCUGCAAUGCGAUCUUCAUCGUGUUCGCCGCGGUCUUCAUCAUCACCAGGCUGGUCAUCUUCCCCUUCUGGAUCCUGCACUGCACUGUGGUGUACCCCUUGUCCAUUUACCCCCCCUUCUUCGUGUAUUACUUCUUCAACGGGCUGCUGAUGGUGCUGCAGCUGCUGCACCUGUUCUGGGCUGCGCUCAUCCUCCGCAUGGCGCACAAGUUCGUGACCGGCAAGUUCGUGGACGACGAGCGAAGCGACAAAGAGGAGACUGAUAAUUCCGAAGAGGAGGAGGAGGAGGAGGAGAAGAAGAAGAAGAGAGGCAGGGUGAGGGAAGUCAAGGAGACUCCCCGGAACGGGCCUGUGCAAAACGGACACCCCACCACCACCAACAACAACAACCGAAAAAACAACUAGA